AUGCGAUUAGCUCGACUUCGCUCUCAAGUCAAUGCACGUCGUGAACUUGCCGUCUCACGAGCCCGAGCCCUUCAGGCAUCCCGAGGUCUUGUCGAUUUCGUUGGUGAAUCUGCGAGAAUAUCAACCACAUCUUCAGCUACCUCUUUGCCAAACACUAAUAGCACAAGUAACCCUCUCUCUGCAUUGCCCAACGCAAGCUUGGCUAAAAUUGCCGUUUAUACUAAUGCUGCUACUGCUGUGACCACCACCUUCCCUUAUCUGGUUCCUUCGGCUUCAGCUCCUAUCCUUCUUAGACCCUCUCCAUCUUCCUUAAAUUCAUCUAACAUUACUUCCUCAUCCUCAUCUCUCCCGGCUUCCUUGACGUCGCCAGUGGACAUUCAGGCACUUGGUGUGCCCGUGAAUCUUCUAUCCCCUGCAUCGGAUAGCCUUGCAGAUACUUUCCUUGAGCGGACAUGUGCAUCAGGGCCUGCUAGUCAAACAGCGUCGAAUCAGCCCAUUUUUUGCUCUUCCUCGUCAACGUUGGGUAUUCGAAUGACAACUAUUCAGGAGAGUAAUCCAGUUAUUUCUGCUUCUGCUAGGAGUUCACAGAUUGGAAAAACAAAAUGUUAG